AUGCCACUAGCUCUCGUCCCAAAAAUUGAAGGUUACGAUAUUUUACUACCAAGACGUUCAGCUAACUCAUUCUUAGGUGAAACCCUUGCUUCAAACGCUACAGACGACCAAAGAAUCAAAGCUGGUUUCUUCAAAGUUAUCCCAGGUGAGCCAUUAGUUCAUACUUACGAUGCUGAUGAGUUCAAAAUAAUUACUGAAGUUCACAAUGGUACUUUCCACUUAUCUGAUGAAACUGGACAAGCUAUUGAAGCUCAAGUUGGUGAUGUUAUCUUAUUAGACAAGGGUGCUACUAUUACUUUUGAAGUUAAAGGUGGUGAAGAUGCUUACGCUCACGCUUUCUGGGUUAUCCGAAAGGCUUAA